AUGUCUCAAACUGAUGAACGUGAAAAAGCUCCAGUUUCUUAUUUACAGUUAAACGGAGUCGAUUCACAGUUUGAAGCAGAUGCAGCACGUUUCCGCUCACACGUUUCUGUGUGGAAGCUGAUGCGUGUGAACCGACUCCCCUCAGGCACGGCGUCUGCGGACAGCGGCCUCGGCGACGUGGACGACCUGCCGGUUCCUCGGCAGAUCCGGAUCAGUAACAUCACCUGUGACUCGUUCAAGAUCAGCUGGGACAUGGACGGCCGCGGCAGAGACAGGAUCACGCACUACUUCAUCGACCUCAACAAGACGGAGAAUAAGGACUCCAACAAGUUUAAACACAAGGAUGUACCGACGAAGCUGGUGGCGAAGGCGGUCCCCCUGCCGAUGACAGUGAGAGGUCACUGGUUCCUGAGUCCCCGCACUGAGUACACCGUGUCCGUCCAGACAGCCGCCAAACAGCCGGACGGAGACUACGCCGUCUCUCAGUGGAGCGAGAUCAUCGAGCUCUGCACCGCAGAUUACUCCACCGUCCAUCUGAACCAGCUGCUGCAGAAAGCUGAGGCGAUUGCCGGCAGGAUGCUGCCGUUCACCGUCUUCUACAGAAACCAGGAGAAGGAGUACUUCCAGCAGGCCAGCCCCUCUUAUCGCUCCAGAGACGCUCAGUGCCGUCGCAUGCUGCCGUCGGUUAAAGACAACAGUGGCAGUCACGGGUCGCCCAUCAGCGGUAAACUGAAGGGGGUCUUCUUCAGCUGCAACACCGAGUUCAACACAGGAAAACCCCCCCAGGACUCCCCCUAUGGACCCUACCGCUUCCAGAUCCAAGCAGAAAUCCUCUUCAACCGGACCACCAACAUCUACUUUGGGGAUUUCUACUGCAUGUACACGUCCUACCACUAUGUCAUCCUGGUCCUGUCUCCCGACGGCUCUGACGGAGACGCCUUCUGUAAAGGGAGGCUGCCGGCACUGGACAGGUCCGACAACCGCUUCCUGAGCUGCACCGAGGAGGAGGACGGCUCGCUGUCUUUCCGCCACGCCCAGGACGUCAUCCUGGAGGUGAUCUACACUGAGCCGGUGGAUCUGUCUCUGGGGACGGUGGAACAGAUCAGCGGACACCAGCUCAUGAGUCAGUCCACCGUCAAUGCCAAGAAAGACCCCAGCUGCAAGAUCUGCAACAUCAGCGUAGGACGUUAGCCGGAUCUUUUGACUGGACGGCCGGCUAACCUGCUAAUAAGCGACAUGGUGAUUUUAGCGGCUAAUGAGCUACUAAUCAAAUUCACCACCUGCUCGUUGCGGGAUGCGUGGAUAGUUGCUUGUAAUGCCUGUUAAUCAAACACUAAAACCACUACUGUUUGUCGUCACCUUAUCACACCUUCAACUGAUUCUGGUUUUAAACCAUCGCUCUCAGUCAUCCAGAAAUUAUAGAGCCAUAGUUACGUAUGUAACUUUUAAAGAUAAUGCAAAGCCGAUGUGAAACCAGAACUUUAUGAUUCUGUGAGAGAUAUGUGAGUCCGUUAACGAGUCGAGUGUCUCUGGUGGGUUAACGUGUCAAAAGUAAUAGCAGGACAACAGGACUGAAUUCUGAAAUUUAACCUUUUAGGGCUCCGCUUUAAUAUUACACAUACACACUCAUGCC